AUGGAACAUUGUGCUGGUCAAUCUUUUAGUGCAUGCCACCCCAGUAGACACUGGACUUCCGACCUGCUCCCCAGCAGUUAUAAACCACUGACAGAUCUGGGACAUGGAGGCUUUGGACAGGUGGUCAAAUGCUUGAAAAAGGACACCAACGAGAUUGUUGCUGUGAAGAUCCCUGAAGAGGGCUGCAGCAUCCACACGGAAUUAAGGAUACUGAACAUCUUGAAGUGGAAUGACCUGCAUGAGUACAACAUCGUCAAGUUCAUGGACUUGAUUACACUGAGGGACGGCAGAGAUGCGCUAGCCUUCGAGAUGCUGGAUGUGACUCUACUGGACUAUAUUGUUGACCAGAGGAACUAUACCCCUCUGGAUAUAUGUGACAUUAGGAGUAUAGUCCAACAGAUGGCCACAGCAUUAAAUGCUCUGAAGACCACAGGCUUGAUUCACACCGAUAUUAAGUUAGAUAACAUCAUGCUGGUGGAUCCACAGACGCAUCCUCUCAGGGUGAAGCUCAUUGAUUUUGGGCUGGCUUUUCCAACCUCUUUACUGAGGCACAGAGUGGGCAAAUCUCAACAGACGAAACAUUUUAGGGCUCCAGAAAUAUUUUUGGGACUUCCAUUUUCAGAGGCCAUAGACAUGUGGUCUGUAGGAGUUGUGAUGUCAGUCAUGCUGCUUGGUGCCCCGCUCUUCCAAGGAAAGACUGAAUAUGAUGUAACACCUGAGGAGUACUGGCCAAGUCCUCCCUGCAAAUACAAGCCCAUCAUAUUCCGCAACCUGGAUGAUUUGCAGAAGUUGCCCCUGGAGAACCUGCAUGUGGUGGAGGUGGAUGAAAGGGUGGAGUGCAUUGACCUGCUUGAGGCAAUGCUUUGUUUGGACCCCAGUGAGAGGAUUACCCCAACUGAAGUACUUGCCCAUCCAUUUAUCACAAGAGGCACCUUUCAGCAAAACUCAAACUCAAGUGUCACCAGUGGAUUUCAGGGAUCCUCUUCAGCAACAUCAUCUCCCGGCGUUAUCCUGGUGUGGCCUGCACCAGCUGAGUGCUGCUCACAAGGGCAUGAGGACCGCAGGCAGAGUGAAUCUUGCCCACCAGAUUGCCUGGAGAAGCUCUCGAAAAAAAGACCAGUGGAACCCCCUCCCCAUGUACCUGAGGAGUGCAAUUUGGGACAGCAACUCACACCCACCACACUUGAUGACAUAGCGCCGAAGAAUCAGAGGAAGAAUCAGAGGAAGAAUCAGAGGAAGCGAAAGAGGAAUUGCUUCAGGCUCUUCUUAGUGUGGACCAGGAGGACAUUCUUCAGCUGCAUCAGGGUCAACAAUACGGAGAAAUAA